UCCUGGGAGGGGGGAUCGCGCUGGAUCUAAAUUUAUUCAUCGGCGUCCCAAUAAUAACCUCGCCCGCAACGACCCAAAAAAGAGAAUGGGAGGGUAAUACAGCAAGGGGAAUCACAUUACGGACCCUACGAUUGACCUCGCUAGGAUGUGAUACGCGAGUUUCAUGUGCUUGGGUUUGAAUAGACUGGUUUUUAUUUUUAUUUCUCUCUCUUUUUCUUUCUACUUUUUCUUAGAGAAGAGGAAAGAAUAUGCAUUUCUUUACGAGGCCCAGACCGGAAUUAUCUUUACUGCGUACACCACAUUCCGUACAGUGCCCGGUAUCUUUGAGGUACUCCGUACUAGUACGGAUGUCGAGCCAAAUUCUGCUCAAGCCAAGAGGAACUCGAGAGUUACUAACCCCAAAAGAACAUGCAAAAAAGGGGGAGGUUCAAGGAAAGCUGGAUCAUAUUCUCCGGAUAAGGGGCGAGAGAUCAGGAAAGGAGAAGAAGUCAAAGAGAAGAGAAAGGAUUGCCAUCAACUUGACACCUCAUUUCAAACCUUCAUAUAGUAGUUCUUUGUUGUUCGGGGCGCUUGGGCCCGCCGACUCGAUGAAAGAGGCGGGGGGUGGAAAGAAG